AGGGGUUAUAAACACGCUUAUUUUUAUUCAUAGCUAUCAUGUCUUUUCUAAGGCAAGUCGAUAAAACAGAGAUUACCGACAAUAUAACAAUUUAACGAUUAUGUUUUUCAAAUGUUUAUUAUACGAGUGAUUUAUAUAAGCAUGGUUAAUGAAUCCAAACAUGAAUCAUAUUUAUUGCUAACCUUAUUUUGGUGUUGUGUCCAAAUCCAAGCAUAUAUGUUAUGUUAUAGCAAAAAAUAAAAAAAGUCGUAGAAUAGGAAAUAAUACGUAAUUUAAGAAAGUGUUUUUUUUAUUUUUUCGCCAAGUAAUUUAACGAAGUACUUUAUCAAUUUAAUAAUAUAAUUUUUAAUAUAACGAAAAAAAAGUGAGAUUAUUCCACGAAUUACGUAUAAAAUCAUGGCAAAUUUUAUCAUUACUUCAAACACAGAACUUCGAAAGUUACAUCCAGCACAUAAAUAUGCACUUGCAGAAAUACUAAAUAUUUCUGACUCAUGGAAAAAAUUAAUGGCAUUUAUUCCACGAGAUGAUACUAAUACGCCAAGGUUUAAUAGUGAACAUAUUAGCAUAAUUGAUCAAGUAGCCCAAAAGCAUCGAGAGAAUGCUGCAAAAAUUUUCUUGGAGGAAUGGAGUACAAUGGGUAGACUAAGGCCUAAAUUACAAAAUUUAUUAGACCUUCUUACGAAAGCAGAAUUGUUUAGAGCUGCUGAUUAUGUUGCUAAUGAAAUUUUAAAAGUUGAUUUACCAAAGCGACCAGAGUAUGGACCUGCUGCAGUUGUCGAUAUUUCAGAUGAAACUUUAGCAAAACUUAUGAACACUAAAUUAGAUAAUGAUAAAAAUGAUAAAUCGUCACCAAUGCUUGAAUCAUCAUAUCGACUUAACAUUGGAGAGAUUAUAUAUUUUUCAGAUGCUGUGAAUUUCAUGGAACCUUCUAUGAGAAGUAAUACAGAAAACACACCAAAUUUUGAAGAAACUAAUACAAAUAAAAAAGAUAUAAACUUAAGUGCUCAGAAUAUUCUUGUGUCAACAGUUAACUAUGAACAUUUGGAAGUAUCAUCUCAAGAAUUACCAUUGUUUUUGAAAAACUUUGAACAAAGCAAAAAUAUGAAUAAUAGUGUUAAAUCCGAAGUAAUCCCUGUUUUUUUAAAUGAAAGUGACUCCAUAUCAGAUAAAUCUGAAAUUAAUAGUAAUAAUAAUAGGACAAGUAUAAUGAAUGUGGAUAAUGGAACAAAUUUAAUCAAUCAUAAUUCAGGUUUUAAAAAUACAGAAGAUAGGAAAGAUAAUACUUAUCAAUUUCAAUCUGAAGUAACAUCCUCUUUAUUACCAGAAUUUGUUAUUAAUCGAACAGAAACCAAUCUUUUAAAUGAAACAAAUAAUAUGCAUAUUAAAAAUCAAAAUAUAAUGAAUUCUGAAGAUCUGCCACUUACAGUAUUAGAGUUUAAUAGAUAAAAACUUUUAAAUAACUAUUUUAAUUAAUAUAAUUUAUCUCACAAAAGCGUUUCAGACUUAUGAAAUGAGUUUUUGAUCAGAUUGUUUUUGAAUGAGAUGUUACAUUAAGUAUCAUCUAUUGAAAAAAUUGACUUAAAGUUUCGAUAUUGUAAUGUCAUCUAGGCGAAAAUUAAUUUUUGUCUUUGUUUUUUAAUCUUUGACAAUAUACAUAUAAGAAAUAUUCAAAUAUUUAAAGUUUCAAGUGUUACUGUUCUAUAUUCAAUUCUUAUAUGAAUAUUCCUUGUUCCUUGUAUACAUCUUCUAUUUUCUCUCUUCAUAUUAUUAACUUUGCAUAAUACUCAUUUUUAUGCAUUAAGCACAAGCACUGUUACUUUUAUUUUGAUAUUAAAAUAUCUAUACCAAGUUUUGAAUAAUCAAUGAAUAUUUUUAAAUUUGAUAUUAGAUAUAUGCACUUUUUAUAAAAAUGUACUGUAAAAUUUAGAUUAAAUUGAUUCAGUUAUUUCGUUAAUUUUGAACGUAAGUAUUUAUAAUUCCAUUUUUAUGUAAAGUUAGAAUAAGCCAAAACUUUUUGUGAAAGUGAUUACGUAACAUAUUCUUCGUGUUUGUGUCUAAAAAACAUUAAUUUUUAUUAAAAUUAUAUGUUACGAACAAAGAAUAAAGAACUUUCCGUUAAAUCGAUUUUUAUUAAAAGUUGUAAAAAUUAGAUUUGACUGUUUGACAUCAAGAUUUUAAAUAAAAAAUUGUAUUUUGAAAAAAAUAAUCAAAAACAUUUAAUGUUUUUUAUUUGUACAAUACAUAAUAUCAUCUUUCAUUUGAAACUAAUUUCAAAUCUCGAAAUAAUAACUAAAUUUUUAUUCAACAAAUUAAAUCGGUUAAAUAUGUAAAACUAUAAAUAUAUCUUUGUUAUUAUUGUAUCAUAACUUGAUAUUGAUUUUUGUUUAUAUAAAUAAAAUACAUUAAACAUAGUGAUUGUUCGGGUUUUCAAUGGUUAAGAUAAACUUGUUAUUGUGUAUAACUAUUAUAUAUACUUUAUUACAGAAAAAGUACAUAUAUCAGUUUUUUGUUCUUGUUAAAUAAAUAUUUGUUCUUGUUAAGUACUUGAAAGUAUGUUGUAAAAUGAAGGUAUUUAAAAAAUAAAAUUAUAACACUAUUAUUAACUAACAAUUACUAUUCAAAUUAUUAGAAGUAAAGUUGACUUGAACAGAUAGUUGUAUAAUUUAUCUCUCAGAAGGAACAGAUGGAGUAUGAAGGAAUAUAUUAACAUAGUAACACAUAAAAAAUAUAAACGAAGCGUGAUA